GCCACUCUUGGCGCGCACAUCUUUCGCGGCUUACCGCAUAGUUCGCUCCGCGUUCAUCACUUCCCGGUACCCUUAGGCUGGGUACCAUGUUUAAGGUCACCGUGCUUCUACUGCUCUGCGCAGCAGUCAUCGGCGCAGAGAUGCCAAACUUGUUCAAAGGCUGCGUACGCAGUCCGGAUCGCCGGGUGGUGCCGGGCGUGUGCACUUUCGCACCACGGCGCGCUCUUCGUGGCAAGAGCCCGUUGAAGCGCUACGCCCACAAACUCCUCAAGAACCCCGUCUUCCAACAGCCCAUGUCCAACCUCAGCACUGUCCUUCGGAUCACUCGCGCGGCGGUCAUGGUUACCCACCCGCCGCGUGGGUCUGUCAUUCGAGUGGAGUUUGCCACCGUGCUAAGCAACUGCACGCGCAGGAUGCCCUACACCUAUAAACAGUGCCGACCAGUUGGGGAUAAGGCAAAUGGGCUGUGCCAGGUGAAAUACCUCGAGCAAUACGGCCUCCGCAUUGUCCAGCGUGCCUGGUGCAAGCCACUGUAGCAGGCUACCCUGCUGCAAGAUUCCGCUUUUGUGGCCCCCUGAAGCACGAACGCGCCAGGCGCGAGCCGCAGACUUAGGAAUGAAUAAAGUGUCAUGAACACUUAUCAGGGAGCAUUGUU